AUGCUCAAUGUUCAUGACCUCACAACGUCCCAGGGUAAAAGCCAGAGCAAGGAGCCAGAGAGACCCCGUCCUCGCUCAGGUCCCGUGGCAGUGGAUCCUCAGGGUUGUGUCACCAUCGCCAUCCACGCCAAACCUGGCUCCAAACAAAACGCUGUGACAGAUUUGACAGCUGAAGCUGUAAGUGUAGCUGUUGCCACGCCUCCAUCCGAAGGGGAGGCUAAUGCUGAGCUCUGUCGCUAUCUCUCCAAGGUUUUAGAACUCAGGAAGAGUGAUGUGGUUUUAGAUAAGGGUGGUAAGUCUCGUGAGAAAGUGGUGAAGCUCUUGGCCUCCACAACUCCAGAAGAGAUCUUGGAGAAACUGGAGAAAGAAGUUGAAAAAAAAUAAAAGUAAGAAAUGAAAAAAAGACAUCCUUGAGAAACUUUUUUAUUGCUAAUGAUGAAGAGGCUGCUAAAUAGGAAAAUACAGUUAAAUGCACAGAAGAACAUGUAAAAAAAAAAAAAAAAGUAUUUGAAUAAGAGCAGUUCUCAAAAAGAGAAGUAGGAAAUUUAAAGGUACUGUACAUUGGAUAUAGGUUCUAAAAUCCUGGACCCCAAAUCGCUUGGAACACGUUACUGUGAUUUCAGUGGCGUUACGGAAUAACAGCUGGGGAGGCCGUUCAAGAGGACCUGGUCCAGCCCCUUUCAUUUUACAUUGGUGCUUCUGAUGUCUGGAAGUUGAGAGACACUCAGGAUCAAACUGUGCUGGGUGACAGCUGGUGCACAGAUGCCCUGAUUGCCACUCGAAUGCAGUUUAUCCCGACUGUAUUCACAGCACUUACGAAAUUGCCUUCUAAGCCAGUUUACAAGUGACAGGAAGACUCGCCACUGUUCUUGCAGUCUUUAUAUUGUAAGAUGCUUAUCUAUAUGCAAAAAUGUUUUCUGCGUCUCUUUGAAACCCUUGAGCGUUUCGUGAACAACUAAGAAUAAUCAAGACUCGGACAGGCACACCUCGCUUUGCCUCACUUCGCAGGUACAGAGGGGUGCGUUUUUUCCAAACAACUUGAAGGUUUGUGGCCACCCCGUAUUCAGCAAGUCUUAUCAGUGCUAUUUUUCUAACAGCGUUCCCUCACUUUGUGUCUUUGUGACAUAUUUUGGUAAUUCACGCAAUAUUUCAAACUUUUUCAUUAUUGUGGUGGUCUGUGAACAGGGAUCUUUGACAUUACUAUUGUAAUUGUUUUGUAGCACCACAAACCACACCCAUGUAAGACGGUGAACUUGA